GGCCAAAAAAUUUACAUUCAAAAGAUUUCUUGAUUCACAAUUUAUCAUCUUCUCCCUUUAUGACUCAUAAAGAUCUCAUAUGGACGAGAGACAUUUCUCCCAAGUUUGUUUCUAUUUAAAUCAAUCCAUUCAAGUCGGUGAAAAAGAAUAACCUUGCAAAUAUUUAUCUCGAGUCCUCACCACAUUCUCAUUGUCUAAGCUGCGCCAAGUACUCUGGGAAGAAUAGAAGCACCACGAACAUAUUCACAUUUACACCUUUACAACCACACAACCACCACAUAAACCUCGUUCAAAAUGACGAGAGAUUUAAGAAGAAGAGUACUGGAAAGCCACAAGACGGUAUCCAAAAAAGCUGCAUCGCGUGUGGGUUCGAAACCAGUCUCAACCGUUAAUUCAAAAACAAAUUCGCGAAAUGUCAGUCGCCACGGCUCGGAUGAGGAAGAUGGAAAUAUGAGCGAUGACGAUAGUACAACAUGGAGUGUCAAUUCCGUUGAUGAUAUGCUCGAUGCGGCCGAACCACAAGAAGCAUCCGACGUCUGGGAUCAAGAACUAAGCGAUCGCAUUGAAGAAAUCGUGGAUCGGAAAAGAAGCAGCGAAGAGGGUCGAGAACGUGCUUUAAUGGCAUACAAUCACUAUCUCAUGGUUCGAUAUUGUUACGACGAAAUCGAAAGUAAAGUUGCAGAAUUAUAUCCUGCGUUGUGCAAAAGUAUCAAAGCCGAUACGGGAGAAAAAGAGGCUUGUUUGGCUUUAAGAGCUAUUGGCCUUACAAUUAUUACUUGUCCUUCCGACGAUGUUUACGAAGAUAUAUUUCGAUCUCUCAAACAAGCUUACCAAAGAUCAGAGCAUGUUACUGUCAAAGCAGCAGCCAUUCGAGCAAUCGCUGCAUUAGCCACCUACGGUGGCGCAUCCGAGUUAGAAAUCAAUGAUAUUAUGGAUGAGUUUCUGGAAAUAGUCGAAUCGGAUGGCACUUCGGUCGACGCUCCCGAUAGUCCAGAAGUAGUCACAGCAGCAUGUGAAGAAUGGGGUAGUUUGGCUACCUUUGUGGAUGACUUGGAAGAAAAGUCCGAGGAAGCAAUGGAAGCAUUUGUCGACCAGUUAGAAAGUUCCUCAACGUCAGUUCAAAUUGCCGCUGGAGAGAACAUCGCCAUAAUCUACGAAAAGAGUUAUACACCCCGAGAAUCGGACGAUCCUGAUGCCAGCGAGAAUGAGAAAGUGGAUGAACAUGGGUUUCCUCUCGAUGUCAGUCAAGUAAAACGCUACGAGCCGUGGCGUCAAAGGCAUCAACUCGAACACACUCUCGGAGAGCUAGCAAAAGCAUCAUCGAAAUCGAUAUCCAAGAAAGAUCGAAAAACAUUACAUGCUACCUUUGCAGAUGUUUUGGCUACAGUCAAAUACCCAGUUCGAGGACCUAGAUACUCAAACGUUAUCGAUGAGAACGGCCACUUGCUAGGAUCUCGAAUGUUUGUUCGCAUACAUAAGAGUGGAGUCAUGAAAAUUGAUAAAUGGUGGAAAUUACAUAGACUACAAUCUUUGCGAAGAGUUCUAGGCGGUGGUUUCAUGACCCAUUACCAGAACAAUGAGGUUGUCUUACAAAGUCUACCUGCAUUAAUCACUAAAAACUAGAUCGAUCCAAUUGCAUGGUCGAUUCUACGAGCAGAUCAACUCUUUCUUCCCUAAUUUUCUUCACACAGCAACAAUUUACAACUUUUUUUUUUCUCUCUUUCUUUUUCUUCCUCCGGUUCCCAUCGGAUCCAAACUUUUUCGGGCGGUUUUUCUGCGUGCGCAUGCAUAGGCUUGGAAGGUAUUUUAAUCAUGAAUGAUACCAGCAAAAGGAGUUUAUGAACAUCAGGUCGGGCAGGUUAGGUCAGGUCAUGAUGGAGGGAAGGAAAAAGUUUGGGAUUUUUCUCUUCCGGGAGAGAGACUGGUUCUAGGUCGGGUCGAUGCAUUUUGUGUGGUAUUUGAUAUACCCGUUCUCUUUUCGCCGAGUCGGUAAUCUUUGGACGAUGAGAUGGAGAUGGACGAAGGAAUGAAUGUGGAUUUGAAACUCUUGACUCGAGAGCGCUUUUCUGGGUCGUUUUAGAUGGACAGACAGUCAGACAGACUCAUUAUCCAUCAGCAUACAUGCAUAUAUUAUUAUCGUGUGGAAUCGAAACCCAAUAAAGUUGUCCACCACAAUAUCAACAUCUGCACUAAAUAUUGCCA